AUGUUGGUCAAAAGCCUCCAGGCAACCGAACACGUGAGUCACAUUGACCAAACCUUCCAGAUACUCAGAAAGUAUAAUAUGAAAUUGAAUCCCCUCAAGUGCACUUUUGGAGUGGCAUCAGGCCAGUUCUUGGGAUAUAUUGUAAAUCAGAGAGGAAUUGAGGCAAAUUCGGUAAAGCAAGGAAAGAAAUUUCAAUGGAUUUCAGAGUGUGAAGAAGCCUUCGAGGCUCUGAAGAAGCACCUCGGGGAAGUACCCCUCUUGUCGAAACCUCAACCGAAUGAAUCUCUAUUACUGUAUCUAGCAGUUUCGGACGUGGCAGUCAGUGCAGUCCUAAUCAGGGAAGAAAAUGAAUCCUCAAGAAAGCUGAGGCCAUAUUUCCAUGCCCACUCAAUACAAGUUCUCACCAAUUUCCCUUUAAAGCAGGUAAUGCAGAAAAUAGACGCGUCGGGACGCCUGCUUAAAUGGGCCAUCGAGCUCAGCGAGUUCGAUCUAACGUUCCGACCUAAACACGCCAUCAAGGGCCACGCCCUUGCUGAUUUUAUGGUUGAGUUUACCAAAGUCCCAGAAAUGGAGGCUAUAAUGGAACCAGCCGAGCCCCCCACAUUGAAAUUAUUCGUAGAUGGGUCCUCAGGAGAGGCUGGCGCGGGGGCAGGGAUCGUGUUAGAGAGCCCGGAAGGCCAUAUGCUAAAUUGUACAGUAAGGUUCGAUUUCAAAGCCUCGAACAACGCAGCCGAAUACGAGGCCAAUCUGGCAGGUCUAAGGCUCGCUAAGGAAAUGCGGGUCAAGAAGCUCCUAGCAAGCAGUGACUCUCAACUCAUAGUAAAUCAGGUAAAUGGGAAUUUCGCAGCCAAAGAUGGUAACAUGCUUGCGUACUUGAAGUUGGUUCUGAACAUAAUUCCCCAUUUUGAAAGGUUCAAACUGACUCAAGUCCCCCGUCUAGAAAAUGCACAUGCAGAUGCCCUCUCAAAAUUAGCCAGUAGCAUGGACUCAGAGCUGCUAAACAUCAUCCCCAUUGAGCACUUAUCAAAGCCUUCCACCUCCGAAGGCGAAGAGGUACUAUGGAUAGAAGGCACCCCAUUAUGGAUGCAGCCCAUAAUCGCGUACCUGAAGGAACAAACACUGCCUGCUUCCAGAGGCGAAGCGAGGAAAUUAAAGAGAAGGGCUGCACACUUCGUUCUGCAAGAAGACACCCUUUACAAGAGAGGGAAACUGGAUACCUCAAAAGGGGCUUGGGUUGACGAACUCCCCCACGUCCUCUGGGCUAUCAGGACGACUUGCUGGAUUGCAACCGCUGAAACCCCAUUUUCCAUGACCUACGGAGCCGAGGCAAUGAGUCCGGUCGAAAUUGGGGUCCCAUCACAUCGACGGAUACAUUUCAAUGCGAUCAGUAAUGACGAGGCCCGAAUAAGCGAACUACACCUCCUUGAGGAAAAGAGAGAUACCUCCCAAAUGACCCUGGCAAAAUAUCAUCGAAAGAUGACCCACUUUUACAACUCCAAGGGUGGUGUGAUUUAUCUUAGUAAUGGAUUUUCAGUUCCAAGCCAUAUCAGUUAG